GUGGGAGACUUAGGAGAAGACUUUUAGCCGAUAAAUAUUUCUCUUCAACAAUCUACUUUCAAACACCAGCCAAACAAAAUGAAAACAACCCUCCUAUUCGCCGGAGUAUUUCUUGCCGCCAUCCUCCUCCCGGAGCUGGUUGCAUCCCAGAAGUGCAAUUGUCGUCCGCACCAGUGCUGUAGUAAGUAUGGCUUUUGUGGAACCACACAAGCUUAUUGUGGAAAAGACUGUCGAGGUGGCGCAUGUUCUCUACCAGCCCCUCCAAAUAAUGUCUAUGUCCCUGGGAUAGUAACGAACGCAUUCUUUAAUGGGAUUGUUGCUAAGUCGGCACGAAAUUGCCCCGGAAGAAGAUUUUACACACGAGAUGCCUUUCUAACCGUCAUAAAAAACUAUCCACGUUUUGGUAGAUCCGGUUCGAUCAUGGAUUCCAAGCGUGAAAUUGCGGCUUUCUUUGCUCAUGUUACAUAUUUGACUAAACAUUUUUGUUAUAUAGAAGAAAUAAAUGGUCGUUCGAAAAGCUAUUGUGAUACAGUCGACUCACAAUAUCCAUGCAACCCUAAGAAACGUUACUAUGGUCGAGGUCCAAUGCAACUUGCAUGGAACUACAACUAUGGUGCAGCCGGAAAGAGCCUUGGGUUCGAUGGGAUCAAUAACCCAGAGAUCGUGGCUACCAACAGAGUGGUUUCAUUCAAAACUGCCUUGUGGUUUUGGAUGGAAAAUGUUCAUUGGGACUUUGCUUCUGGUAAGGGGUUUGGAGCAACGAUCCAGGCAAUCAAUGGGAAUGAAUGCAAAGGAAGAAAUCUUUGGUGUUAG